AUCGUGGCGACGUUCUAUAGAUGGCAUGCAGCUUCCACACGCGACCGACGGCUCGGCAGCACGCGCGUGAAUUUUGGUUAAUAUUGUUUAUAACAGAGUAAAUGACAAUGUCUCUUUUCAACGUUCGACAAUUCUUCGGCACGUUGUAUCAACGUUACAUGUUCUCAUUACCAGCGAUACACUUAUCUCGCACACAAAAGAUUUUUAUUAUCUGCUUCACCAGUGGUUCAAUAUUACUGGGAGGAUUAGCACAAUUUUUGAAGAGACGCCGGAGACACCCCAUUGCACCUCCCAAGAGGCAAUACAGAGAUUACAAGACAAGAUUAGGAAAUGUCAAGAAUGCCAAUUUUGAUGUGUUGUCGCAAGCAUCUUGGGCAAGAAGAAGUGAAGCCAGUACUAGAAGCCACAUUAGUGAUCGAGUGUCACUCAUCUCCUCUGUACCAGGUGGUCCUGAUAACGAUGAAAAACUUACUCCACAACAGUAUGGUGUCCUUGAAGAAAAGCGUAAUUACCUGCGUACGAGGGGAAAGGUAUAUCCUUCUGACUGGCACUGGAAACGGAACUCAAAAUCCUGCGGACUCGAAGCGCUGGAGAAGGCCCUCUACUGCUGGGAAGACGCGCUCACCGCGUUCAGCUCUGCCCUCGGCAACGAUGUCUUGGCCUUGCCGUCGAAAGCCGACGCGGCGUUCACCCAGGACGUACAGGAGUUGCUCGACAUGGGUUACCAGAUGCAGAAUCACGCGGAGCUGCUCUUCCUCGAUCAGCACUCCGUUUUAUUUCGCAACGACAGCGAGGAGAGCCUCGACAAACCUUCGAACAUUGGGACAAGGCUAUCUGGCUUUAGAGAUAAAGCCGACGCCGCAUCGUCGCCCGAUUCGUUCGAAUCUGCACGUGAUGGGGUUGCGGAUCUGCGUGAAUUCGAAGAAUUCUCAGAAUUGUUUCCACACUUUGAGAGGCAAAAGCUUUAUCAUGCCGCUCUUAAACAGUACGAGGAUAAAGGCAUUCCUUGCAGGAGAUUACACACGGAACUUGUAAAGUGCGGAUCGGAUGUGGAAUAUUUAGCAAAGGUAUACUGCCUGCGUCAGGCUUAUACAAAAUUAUUUAAUUUACCCACCGCAGCGGCAUAUAUAAUGGACGUGGGUCGUCAAAUCAUUAGCGAUUUAAUUAUGUACGCGGAUAGGGAUCCUAAGGAUUACUUGAUGUACUACGAACGUAUGAUGGAGUUCCUACAAGAGCCGCGCAAUCAUAGCAUCAUGGAAGAGGAAUUGGCCGCCCGAGGCGUUAAGUGCAUGAAUUUUUAUGACGUGCUCAUCGACUUUAUACUCCUAGAUGCAUUCGAGGACGUGGAGAAGCCACCGCCACCUGUGAGAGCUAUAGUUCAAAAUAGAUGGGUGUCCGCUAGUUUUAGAGAAACUGCGAUAGGAACAGCGCUCUGGUCCCUCCUCGCGAGCAAAAGGAGAAUGCUAAAGUACCAGGAAGGCUUCUUGGCGCACUUCUAUUCCAUCUCCGAGCAAAUCUCGCCGAUGUUUAUUUGGGGAUUCUUGGGUUCUGAAGAAAGUCUACGUUCCGCGUGCCAUUACUUUAGGGAACAAGUGAUUGAGUUUCUCGUAGAUAUAUUUAAUUUCUUCAAGGUACGAUAUACCACUGUCGAUGACCUUGCCGCGGACAUUCUCAGGGAAAUGAAAUUAAGAGCCGAUAAUAUAAAUCAAAGGCUGUCGUUAGAAGGUUGCUAGCCAAUGAAAUAUGUUUAGUUAACCAUUUUAAUACAAUAUUGAACAGGUUUGAUAUUGCAAUUUUUAAUUGCAUAUACCGCGUUCAACAUCUUUAUGUUGUAAAAGAGAAUGUUAAUAUCAAUAUUAACGAAAUUAAGCCAUAUCUGAUAAGUUAAGUAAAUUAUGCAAUACAUUAACGCAUAGUUUAAUUUCCAUUACCGCGCCCAUAAUUAGUAAUUGCAUCUGUGAAAUUAUCUUGCGAAGUAGUAUCGCAGAGAGACUGCGCACCCUUCUGUUAUCACUAAUUAGAACUCAUGCAUACGUUGAGUUUCAUAUAUAGUAUUUGAACAAAAUUACAUUAAUCUUGAAUAAAGAUUAACAGCUUCUAAUGUCUAAUUCUACGGGAUAAAAUAUUAGAAACGUCCAAGAUAUACAUUUUAUAUGAAUAUAUGAUGUCAAAUUCAUAAGCAGGACCUUAUUUAUAAAGCUUGGAAAAUUAAUGCAUGUAUAUAAUGAAAACGUAGUGUUAUUUAAUCUGACAUAAGCAACUUCGUUAUCAAUCAUGAUAUGUCAAUCAUGAUGUGUGAUUCUGUAGACAUUCUAUAAAUCAUGUUGCAAAAUAUGUAAAAUAUUAUGAUAGUUGCAAUUCUGUUUAUUAUUUAUAAUUAAUGUAUAAUAGUCUCAUUUUUUAUAUUUUAUUACACACAGAUUCAAUAACAUAAAAUUUUGCAUGUAUUAUUA